AUGUUCUUCAUCACCUCCUUUAUCUUGGCUCUCGCUGCCACCACUGCUGUCUCGAUGCCGGCCCCCAAGGAUCGUCGCGAUGUCCGCAUGGCCCGUCGUUCCGCCGGCGGCGCGCCAAUUAUCACCACCACCACGGCCGGCGCCCAGUUAAAUGCGUCUACGGUGCCCUUCACGAGCGUCACAGGGUCGUUCGCGAUUCCGACGUUUGCUGUGCCUGCGGCUGAAUACCCUUCUACAGCGGGCGACGACCCGAGUGACCUCUACAUCGCAUCCCUCUUAGUCGACCUUGGUUCCGAUUUCUGCGAGAACGGCAUAAUGGUUGGUAUUAACAUGGGGAUUGAUAAUGGUUCACAGUUUAUCAAUGCCUUUUGGACGAGUUUCCCUGAUGAUAACAGUCAAAUCUUCCCCAACGUUAGCUUCGCGCAGGGCGACAACAUAACGGUUUCCAUUUCCAUGACGAAUGCGACGUCGAGCACGGCGGUCGUAACCAACGAGAGCACAGACGAGAGCUCCACCGUGGCCAUUGAGACUGGCCCUAUUUGCUCGCAGGCGGAAGUAGGAUGGUCGGUAGGGGCCGAAUUGAACGAUUCCAAUGACAUCAUCCCUUUCGUCGACUUUGGCACGGUCAACAUCACUGCAUCUGCCGAGACCUCGUCAGGCCCUGUCGACAUCUCUAACGCGACCAUUUUGACCACAGUCCAGAACGGCACUACUGUUGCUUCCGCCUUGCUCGAGGGCGAGAUCGUCACUAUUGCCUUCGUUUAA